CGCCCGUGUAACACGUGAUUUAGAAAGUUCAUCAAUAUUUUGGCUAAAAACGCCUAUUUAGUGUGACUAAAACUAUACAAAAAUCAGCUUUGGUUAAUCUGUUAUAUAUUUUCAAGUGAUUUACUGCAGAAAAUGGGUGUUCAUGCGCAGUUGAGUAACACAAAACGAGAUAAACAAUCUCGAAAAUGUUACAAAAUGGGCAGGAUCAAAAAGAGGGAGAAAUAUAAGAAGUUUCCAAAGAAAGUUGCUGAAAUCAUGGACCCUGAAUUAAUGACUAUUCAUCAUCUCAAAAAAAGAAGGACACAUCCUCGUGCAAAUAUCACAUUAUCAGGAAAAAAGAAACAGAAGAUCCUGAAGCAAUUGAGAAGGAGUGUGAAGGAGAAAAAUGAAAUGGAAGUUGUUGCUCCAGCACCAAGCACAAGUAAACCAGUCUCGUCUUCACAAGAAUCGAGCAAAAAAGGUGGAAAGAAAAAGAGGAGUAAGCAGUCUGCUUCAGAGGAAAUGGAAGUUGAGGAGCCUGAAGAAGUAUGAUAUAAGGAAACAGUGACUUCGUAAUUAUUCAAAAACUUUGACUUCAUGCGCAGAGGAUGUAUACUACAUGUAUACAGUGGAACCCCGGUAACACGACCACUCAUGGGACCGUGGUCGGAGUGGUCGUGUUACCGGGGUGGUCGUGUUAGCGAGGUUGGGAAUCCCCAGACGAAAUACAUGAUUAUUUUUCCCGCCAAAAUUGCCGACUGCAUGGCGUGUGUACGCUGUACUACCAUAGCAACGCUGCCUGAUUGAGAUGAUGCACGCUCCAAAGUUUUGUUAUCAUGCCUCGCAAGAACAGUUCGUCGAUAAAAUUACAUGUUACAUUCUCAGAAUGAGUUAGAAAAGGUAAUUUUGUAACUCAUUUUAUCCACAAAGUUUCAUUAUCUGCCCGACGUGACGCAUUUGCGGGCAAUUUGGUGAAUCAUCCUCCAUGUACCCGACUGUUUGUGACGAUUGAAGUAAACUUAUCUUAUGAUUUCACCUGAGAAGAUGAGUUGAGUAAUGCUACAGUUUUAAUCAAGUCUAUUUUCAGCCAAAAUAUUUAAAGAAAUAUAAAAUGAUACUGUAGUAAAUCAACCAAGUUCUCCAUAUCAUAAAACAUUCAAACGUCUCGCAAGCUUGUUAUUGUCAUAAGUGUGGUCUUCAAACUACCCGCCGUUUAUUAUCAGUUCAUAUGCAAAUCACGCAAAUCACAUGAUUUUGCUGCUGCUGAGUGCGCAUGUCGGGUGCUGAACUGGCUCAGUAAUGAAUUGAAAACAAACCAUGAAAACGUUAGAAAAGGAAAGUUUAUUUAUUCAUUUACACUUAUACAAUUGAUCAUACCUGCAAAAUCACAUUGUAUUUUUUGUUUUCAUAUGUAUUCCCAUGGCCAUUGUCCCCGUCUCAACAAAGCUUGGCAGCGAGGUGCUAAUUACUAUGCCGCGGUCGCGACCGAUUACGGCAAUUAGGCCUGGUGGUCGGGUUAGCGGGGUUGAUUUUCAGUUUGGGACCGGCCAAGCCAGUGGUCGCGGUCGGGGUACCGGGGUGGUCGUCUUAGCGGGGGUCUCUUAAUGGUAAUUAGAGAGGAAACCAUUCGGGACCAGCGAAUCGUGGUCGCGUUGGCGGGGUGGUCGCGUUACUGAGGUGGUCGCCAACCGGGGUUCCACUGUAUAUUUUUUAAUAUACUGCUGUGGGGGAGGAUGCACACACCACUCCCCGAGAAGCAAAUACCAAUUUUAGACCUGAGAUGGCCAGAAAACACACAUUUGGCACAUCAAGUUUCUAUGAGGGUAAAAAUAUUUGAAAAGAAACAUUCUCUUAGUUUGAAAUUUAACUACUGUACAUACAUACAUUGAUAAAAUAAACUCUGAAAUUGGAA